AUGGCUGAUAAAUUUAAAAAAUUUAAAAUUGAUCUGGAUCUAUCUGCAAGUAUCUUAUCUGGUCUGGCAAAACCGAGUGGUUCGUUCAAGUUCUUAACAGAAUCCCCAAAAACGAGUCAUAUUGUCCAAGCGUCCAUUUUCUACCGCGAAAUAGUCCGAUCAAAACAAUUCAAGGAAGUCAUUCUAAAUAAUAACAAGAAAUUAAACGAAUUGAUUACAUUUAAACGACAACCGAUCGAGGCCACGCACAUCGUUAUCGGUGUUAUUUACGGCUUCUGUGUCAGUGCAAAUUUCGAACGACGCGUCGAAAAGAAUGAAAACAAAUGUGAAGUCGAAGGUAAAUUAAAAGUCAUGCUAACCGAAGUUAAAGCUCUUUCGUCCGGCUCGGGUGAAGCCAGUGCAGAAUAUAAACAAACGUCGACAAUAAGUAAGAAUUCAUUUCAUGUUAAAAUCUACACCGAUAUCAAGUUUACCAAUCAACUACCACAGACUGUUGACGAAAGUUUAGCAUUUUUUAAAGAUCUGCCAAAAUCCAUGGAAAAAAUGACUUCACAAGCUAAGCCAAUUGAAUAUAUUCUUUAUCCUAUUAACAAUUUCAAACGUCAAUUGAAAAUAUCUAUCGAUGGUUUGGACAGUUUGCUCGUAAGUCAAGGGACUUUAUGCAAAAUUCAAUUAGAUGCGGAUCGUUUACUCGAAAUACAACAGAAAUAUGCUGAUUACUUUGAAACGUACGGAAGUGUUUCAGUUUGCAUUUCAGAUGCAACACGUAAAUGCAUUGGAAAGCGGCAUGUUGAACUGCUGCAUGCUCAGGUUGCGUAUCGUGAAAUGCUAAGCGAAAACUUAGUGAAAGUUCGCAGCAAUAAUAUUGAUGAAAGGACAUUUCUAGAACAAAUCAAUACUUCUUGUGAUAAACUUGUCCAAAUGCACGAACAAAGUUAUUCUCAAAACGAACAAAUUCAUUUUCUUCGUACUGCAUCAGAUCGUGGAUGCAUUUUAGUCGAUAACAAUACUACGGAGAGUCUUAUGCUCUCUGAAUAUGGCGAAAAAGAACAAGAUCUAUUUAUUGGCGUUAUCAAUGAUCAUCUCAUAGUCAAUGAUGAUGCCAGUUGGAAACUUUUCAUGAGGAAAUUUACCGAUCUUAUGCACUCAAGGAAAGACAAUGUCAAAUUUAUCCUUCGUAAUGAUAAUUUAGAUCCAACUACUGCAGAUUCAAAAUUACCAACUAAUUUUAGUAUUCUUCAUUACUAUGACAGAAAGUUAAUAAGAACGGAGCUUAUAAACAUCAAUGAUAAUCUUCAUGAUACAAAACAAUAUUGCCAUCGAUGUGGAGCAGAAGACAACGAAGAACGAUUUGUCGCGUUUGGACUUGAUCCAAGUGUAAGACCAACACCAGAUAAUAAUUAUACCGGAAGGGUAUCACAGUAUGGAAAAGUUAUUAGCUGUGAGAGUUUAAUUCAGUAUGGCGCCACGAGUUUGAAAUAUUCAGCUGGUGUUCAUCGAAUUGAAUUUCAAAUUUUGUCUUGUGAAAGUAAAACACUUCAGUUUCACAUGAAUAUGAUUCAUAGGUACGAUGACAUUUCACGUAUUGAAAUCAAAUUCGGUGCACCAAUUCUGUCUACUGAAAAUUUGUGUGAAGUUAAUGAUAUAUUUGAAUUAACGAUCGAUUGUGAUGCGUAUAAAGUUGUGUUAGUCAAUCGAAGAACAAGAUGGACACAAGCAAUUGGUGUUGAUACCGAUAAAUAUCCGUUACCAUGGGCUUGUCUAUUCAGACACAGCAAUGCAUAUCUUCGCACUCCAAAAGUACAAUUACGCAUAAAUAAAAGCACUCAUGAGAGAAAUUCGUAA